GAUGGAAGACUCAGCGAUAUCAAAUUUCCCUUUUCCAAAUGCUCCCCCUUCCCUCCUGUUAUUCCUCCAUCUCAAUCCUGAACACCCUACAUGCAGUAGGCAAGGGACUAAUCAAACAAGUGUCUAGGUUUGACGAUGAUGACGUUCUCAGCAUUGAGAGAGGGCCAGCCUCGCCGUCCUUGUUGGGCCAGCCUCUCUUUGGUCGGCCUUAGUGGUAUCGAUUUUUCUCUCACACACGGAGCUCACGAAUACUGGAUACUGUCGAGGUUGGUUUGCAACUCGAUAACUCCUUUCCCUUCCCUGUUCCAUAUGGACUCUGUGACGAGCCUGGGUUCGAACUAGCUGCCUUCUGGUUGAGUGGAAAGAAAAACGACACUUCUGCGAAGAUCAAGGUGGCAUCAUAAUCAUCUGAGUGUUCUAAACACGUUGAUUGGUCUGCCAAACCGAAGUUAUUAGAGCAAAAUACGACUGUGCGGCAAGAAUAUAGCCGUGAUGGGCAACACCGACACCAAAUUAAACUUUCGGAAGGCUGUCAUCCAAUUGACGACCAAGACUCAACCCGUGGACGCCGGAGAAGACUCGUUCUGGGAGCAGUUCUGGUCUGAGAGUGUGACCAAUGUCCAAGAUGUAUUUACGUUGGUACCGAGCACAGAGAUCCGUGCCCUGCGAGAGGAAUCUCCCUCAAACCUGGCCACGCUGUGCUACAAAGCCGUGGAGAAAUUGGUUUUGGCUGCCGAUGCCAGUUGUCGGACUCAGAAAGAUCACAUUGAAGUACUUAAUAGCGUGAGGUUACUGACCCGGCUCAUCCCAUACAUUUUUGAAGAGCCCGAAUGGCGAUCUUUCUUUUGGUCAUCCAUCCCGGAAUCCAAUGGUGGCGGGUCUGCCGCAUCUUCGUCCGGACAUAAUGAUUCUCAGCCUCUGGCUCAGUCUAUGCUCAACGCCGUUUGCGAUCUGCUCUUUUGUCCGGAAUUUACCGUCGCUCCGAACAAAAAUGGAGCUCGAGAUGAGGCAGAUGAUCUUCAAACCUUGGACAGUUGUGAAUAUAUAUGGGCCUCGGGAGUUGGAUUUGCUCAUAAACCAAUCGACAAUCCGCAAUAUGACUUGAAUCGCCGAGAGCUGCUCAGAUUGCUGCAAACGUGCUUCUCACAGAGCAUGUACUUGCCACCCGUAGGAGAUGCACACGUUCAAUCCAACCGGUGGGUUCAGUAUUUUACAUCCAGUGAGAAUCGCCACGCCUUGCCCUUGUUCACGUCCCUACUGAAUAUCGUGUGCGGUUAUGAUCCAGGAGGUAUCUUACCUUACAAUCACUUGCUUUUCCACGAUUCGCGGGAAGAACUGGUCGACGUGGCCUUGCAAGUACUUAUCGUUACGUUGGACCAGGAAGCUACAUCAACCAAUAUUGUGGAUGAAGAUUCCACAUUUCCCGACAACCUGUUUUUGAACUACCUUUCUCGAAUUCAUCGUGAAGAAGAUUUCGACUUUAUCCUCAAGGGUGUGACGCGUUUGCUCAUGAAUCCCUUGGCCCAAACGUAUCUACCCAACUCUCAACGGAAAGUCCACUUCCAUCAGGAGCUACUAAUCUUCUUCUGGAAGUUCUGCGAGCACAACAAAAAGUUCCUGUUCUUUGUCUUGAAGUCCAGUGAUGUCUUGGACAUCCUGACCCCGAUCCUUCACCACCUCAAUGAUGCCCGUGCGGACCAAAGCCGAGUGGGUCUGAUGCACAUUGGGGUAUUCAUUCUAUUGCUCUUGAGUGGGGAGCGCAAUUUUGGUGUCCGAUUGAACAAGCCGUAUACGGCCACGAUUCCUAUGGAUAUCCCAGUUUUCACUGGAACUCAUGCAGAUCUCCUGAUCAUUGUUUUCCAUAAGAUCAUCACCACCGGCCAUCAAAGACUCCAACCUUUGUUCGAUUGCCUAUUGACCAUCUUGUGCAAUGUGUCCCCAUACAUCAAGUCUAUGUCCAUGAUAGCCGCCUGCAAGUUGAUUCAUCUGCUGGAGGCCUUCACCACACCCUGGUUCCUCUUCUCUUCGCCUACCAAUCAUCAUUUGGUUUUCUUUAUAUUGGAAAUUUUCAACAACAUCAUCCAGUACCAAUUCGACGGGAAUUCCAACCUUGUGUAUAGCAUCAUUCGGAAGCGCCAAGUGUUCCAUCAUUUGGCCAACCUCCCCACAGACUGUGGGAGUAUCAACAAGACCCUAACUCGCCGAGGCAAAAAACAGCUGACGACAACGCCAUCGACUACUAGUUCAGUUGCGAAUGCCAACAUCGUCAUGGAGGGAGCCAAACCAGCUUUACCAGCCGAACCAGGGACCUUAAAAGCCAGUUUAAUGGACAUGCCUGGGAUUGAGAACAUGACAGAAAAGGAAUCUGCCCAUCCAAGUCAAAGGCAAUUAGAUAAAUUGACUCGAGCAGGACCAGGCGCUACUCUGUUUUCUACGGGCCUCUUGGGCUCGGAGACUCAAGUCAAUGAAGAAAGUGAGGGUCAACCGAUUCAGCCGACCACAGAAACUGAUCAAACAGCCACGCUCGUAGAUCAGAAUCGUGCCAUGGCUGCAAAUUUGGCCUCGCUGACUCGGCAACCCUCUCUAGAAUCGGCUAGUAUGAGGUCGACGGGAGAGUCCCUGAAAGGCGAUACAGAGAUUAGCCGAAAUAGCGUGCAAAGGACCUUGUCUAGGGCCAGUGAGCAAAGUGUUGCCUCGUCUCGGGUGGCUCCCACCGAGAGUUGGGUUCCCACUCAAGAUUGGGUGGCUUCGUGGAAGGUCAAGCUACCACUGCAAACCAUCAUGAGGCUCCUCCAGGUACUGGUCCCACAAGUAGAAAAGAUAUGCAUCGACAAAGGCUUGACAGAUGAGUCUGAGAUCCUCAGAUUUCUACAACAUGGCACGUUGGUAGGCUUGCUGCCUGUUCCACAUCCUAUCUUGAUAAGAAAAUACCAGCCCAAUCCAGGGACAGCCAUGUGGUUCCGAACUUACAUGUGGGGAGUGAUCUAUUUGAGGAACACAGAUCCCCCCAUCUGGUACGAUACAGACGUCAAACUCUUCGAGAUCCAAAGAGUGUAAGAAAAGCCGUUGGGGUAGAUUGCUCUAACAAUGUGGGGUCUGGUCUUCGUUUUGAGGCCAUCUAGCUUGGUCUGUGUUGGACAUAUUUACGAAUGAAUGACAAUGGUUCGAGUCGAGGUGUCAUGUGGCACUGCAUUAAACACAUUUUUCUCUGAUUACAAGUUGUGUCCCAUCCAAGACGAAUGAUCAGCCCAAAUAUCUGAUUCAGGCUAAUGGUGUAUGUAUGUGUGAAUCCCGAUAAACCAAAGUAUUUUGAA